AUGGUUGUACAACCAGAUCCAGCGAACUCCGACUCCCAAUCUACUGUAGUCGAUGUCGAUCGAUCAAGCUCAGUGGUAAACCCCAGUGCCGAUCUCGAGUCGGCUUCGGCUUCAGUCUCACCAAUCCCUCAUCCUGUAAUUGAUACCGAAGGAGACGAUCAAAACAAUUUAUCAAUAAAAAUACGUAAAAGGGAUUAUGGUUUUUUACCUAUACCCAAGAAUCGGAGACAUGAUCCCCAUAAGAAAGUGGACGAGGAAUUUGGCUUUACUUGGAAAAUGAAAUUGGUCUUUGCUUUUGCUGCUACUGUAUCUGUUAUGAACCUGUACUAUAUCCAACCUAUGUUGGUAGCCAUCGCAUCCGACUUCUCCGUUUCUCACUCUCGUAUAUCCUCCAUCCCCACUCUCGUCCAAGGAGGCUACGGUACGGGUAUAAUAUUCAUUUCCCCUCUUGGCGAUUUGGUCCGUCGUAGACAACUAGUCCUAUUGUUAAUAUUGCUCACUACGAUCUUAUCGAUUGGUUUGGCAUUGGCACCAUCCGUAGCGGUCUUGGAAGGAAUAUCAUUCAUCGUUGGAAUGUUAACCGUUACACCUCAGAUAUGUAUUCCGUGGACAGCGGAUCUCGCUCCUGCCAACAAGAGAGCGACCGCAAUGAGUAUUACCCUUUCGGGACUUAUAUUCGGUUUGGUGUUGGGUAGAGUAUUAGGUGGGAUAUUGAGUAGGUUCGGGAGUUGGAGGGAUACUUAUUGGUUAGCUGUAGGAUUACAGGGAUGCAUGACAGUUAUACUGUAUUUCACUUUACCUGAUACACCUGAUAAGAAAAUUGGUUUAUCAUAUUUCGGCGUGCUCUGGUCGAUGGCCAAAUUCUUCACGAUGUACCCCACCCUCGUUCAAGCAUGUUUAGUCUCGUUCUUCUCCAGUGCUGUUUUUGCUGGAUUCUGGACAUCACUCACGUUUGUGCUCAAUAACUCCCCCUAUCACUACAACUCAUUCGAAAUCGGUUUGUUCGGCCUCCUAGGACUGAUCGGAGCUAUCCUCGCUCCUCAAUGGGGUAGGCUGGUGGACCGCACACAUCCUUACCUAGGUCAGAUAUCUGGUAUAUCCAUCAAUAUGAUAUCGAUGGUCGUUGCCCUUGUAGGCGCAGAUAAAAAUAUAUCGGCAGUGUGCAUAGCGAUCGUCGGGUAUGAUAUGGGACAACAGUUAGCUCAGGUAUCGUCAUCUUAUAGGAUCGCAGGAUUGGACCCGAAAGCUAGAGCGAGGUUGAAUGGUUGUAGCUUGUUAGCUGUUUUUGCUGGUCAAACAUCCGGAACAGCGAUCCUAACGCAUAUAUACAAUACACACGGUUGGAAACCUACUGGCGGUACGGCCGUUGCAUUCAUCGGUGCUGCGCUGGUGGUUCUAUUUAUUAGAGGUCCUCAUGAAAUAGGUUGGAUAGGAUGGCAUGGUGGUGGUCAGAUAUUGAAAAAGGAGAAAAUGACUGAUUUGAGUCCUGAGGCUAUCACGGAGAAAUUGAGAGUGAAGAAGAAAGAGACAGAGAAAGAGAAAGGAGGUGGACAACAAGUGUAA